AUGGUAUGCCCUGUAGUAAAAUACAGAGAUGAUCAGUUAGAGUUUUUAGAAGCCUAUGUGAGUGCUGAUCCAUCUCUAAGUCCGCCAGUUCUUUUUGUUGAAGGACCACGAGGAACUGGCAAAACAAAGACACUGAGAGCAUUCUUUGAUGCAAAUAUGGAUAUACUCAGUAUACAUGUUAACUCAAAGGAUCUGAUAUACUGUAAAUCAAUGUGCCAACGGCUUGCGAUAAGCUUAGAACAAAAACUCAAGGAAAGAUACCCAGAAGUACACAUACACGACGUAGACCCAUUUGAGGCCGAAGAUGUGUAUUUAUUGCAAAAGUUUAUGAAUAAACUGUUCAUUCAAUAUCAUAUAACUGAAAAAGCUGUUAGCAUAUAUGUGAUACUAGAUGGAUUAGAUGAUAUCUCACAAAUCAAUUUAGAAACGCCAGCUCAAUUUAUUGCAUUGCCUGGUUGCAUAGUUCCACAAUCGAAAAUUCACCUGCGAGUAAUCAUGUCAUUCUCGAAAUCAUCAUUUCUGGCGAACUAUGCUACCUAUAAUAUUCCAACAAUAUAUUUCCCCAAAUACAAGCCGUCUGAAAUUGAGUAUAUCCUUAAGCAAAACCCCGGUUUUACUGAUGAUCCUUUAUUGAUAGAGAAACUGGAUCAAAUUGGCUGUGAGAACAACCACACUGUUAGAAAGGAAAUAUUCGGCCAUUACGUUCACUUUCUAACAGAGUCUCUUAUUGUUUAUACCGGACAUGACCCUAAAGUACUUGGUGAAAUACUUGGUAAUAAGUGGCCGCAUUUUGUUGAUAAUUUAACGGAAGAAAACGUAAGAAAUACUGUUCAGCUUUAUAAGACAAACCUUGAAUUAUUUACCAAACCAAAUGAGAGCCUAUUGUCAUCAACUAUACGGGAAAGUAAACAAAUGAUUGCUAAUUCUGCGAAUGAAUCCCUGAGUUACUCAUCCCAUUCAUUGUGUUUUAUGGCAAAGUACCUUCUGAUUGCAGCAUAUUUGGCAUCAUAUUUAAACCAUAGGUACGAUUCAAAAGUGUUUUCAAAAAAAAGUCAUCUUAGGGGAGGACGGUCUUCUUACGGUAGAAGAAGUAAACUAGCACAUAAUCCACGUUAUUUACAACCAUCCGCAUUCCCACUAGAAAGAAUGCUCUCUAUUUUUCAGUCGAUAUAUCCUGUGCGUAUCUCAAAAGAACUGUCUCCUGACUUCUUCCAAAGAGACUCUCAUAUGAAAGCCAAUGUUGAGGUUUAUGAAAAUGUGUCUGAUUUAAUGACAUCUCAACUUCUUGUCGGCCUAAAUUUGCAUAAACUAGGAUAUUUACAUGAGAAACUGAAAUUUAGAGUGAAUGUUUCCUGGGAUUAUAUAUUGUUAGUUGCUGACAGUGUAGACUUCGACAUUGCUGAGUACUUCAGCGAUAUUGAGUGA